AUGCUGAAGCGCUGCUCGAAGGCAUCGAUCAGCGAUAAUGUAUAUAUCCUUAGCAGCUUUUCCGGCCGCGCCUUGUUGGCAGAAAAUGAAGAAAUCGAUCGGAUAUGUGAAGAUUAUUCGAAAAUUGCCGACAAGUACGGGCUGUUCGAGAAGAUGUUUAUCCAGCUCUUCAUGGACGAUGACUUCGAAUUCGCUGUGCACUUUGGACUCGAGAAGUUGACGGUUGAGACGUUAAGACGAGAGCAGAAGUUUCGGACGCAUGUUGGUAAAUUUCAGAGAUUCAUGAACUCCUUGAUGGACAUGCUGUCGAAGGGAGCGCAGAACGGUGAACAAGUCGUGCACAUGCUGAGAAUCAUCGGCCGUCAGCAUACCAAUGUACGCUCGAUGUCGUUUACCGCCGAGAAAUGGCUGAUUUUCAAAAACGUCAUGCUGACGCUGCUGUGCCCGGAAAUUAAUAUAACCUACCCCACAUGGAGCAAGUUGAUCAGCUUUGUCAUCUACGAAAUCAAGGACAGCUAUUUGGAGCAUGUGCGCCAGCUUCGCUCGUCUUCGUGCCCCCAGAUUGCCCAACUGACCAUAAUCCCC